AUGGCUUCGGAACCUGACAACCGUCAUCACAUGAAAACAACAAACCCAUCAUCACAUCCUCAUUUCAGAAUAUCAUUCAUACUCGUUCUCUUGUAUUGCUCCAUCAUUCUUUUAUUUUCAACUGGUCAACUUGACUCACAAGAAGGAAAUUAUUACAAUUCAGAGUGUUACGGAGAGUGUAUUUCUCUUUCUCAAUUCACAAAUCAAUCAUCAUCAUCCAUGACGAACCAUAACGACCAACAAGUAGAAACAUCUUUGAUAUUUUUCAAUGAAAGUAUUGCUUUUUGUGCAGAGACCUUGUUGGAAUACAUGUCUCUGAAUGCUUCUAUCCGUAUUUGUAUUUCAUCGAACUUUACUGUUGCAGACACUUUAAACUCUACUGUUGUUUCACAAAUUCACACAACGACAAGUAAUACUCCUCAUAAUUUUACACUCAAAGAAAAGUUCUAUUUGAAUGACCAUCAAGCACGUCUUUCAUUUUACAACACUCAAUAUCAACAAGGUCUAUUCCAACGUGACCAAUGUUACAAUGCUGCUCGAAGAUAUAUUUGUCAACAUUAUUUUCCUCUGUGUGAUGCUACCAGAGAUGACAGCAACAAGAUUUAUAAUCUCUGCAUGUCUUCGUGUGAAAAUUAUUACACGAGUUGUAAUUCCAAAGAGCUCAUAGAAUUUAGAUGUUUGGCGAGUAAUAAUGAAAUUCAGAGACCGUAUCGUGGAGUGUGGAAAAAUUUUGGAGAUGAUUUGAAAUUGUUGUGUACAGGAGGAGCAAGUAUUAGAAUUCAACCAUACAUGUUCAUUACUUUUUGGAUGGGAAUACUCGUGUUGUGGUUCAUGGAGGGCAUGCCGAGUUGA